UUACGGCAGUGCACACCAACGAACUGGCCGUUUUGAGCGAAAUGUAUCAAAUUACGAAUAUAGUACUUGUGAGAUUUUUACUAUUAUUUACAAGUUUUCCCGCUUUCCGAAAUGUGUUUGUAUCAGCCGAUCCCAAUAUAAUAUCGAAAUCGCAAUGGAAUGGCGCUGAAGCGGUCAAUGAGCUCACACGACAAUCUUUGCCAGUUGGACGGGUAAUUAUUCUACACACAGCCGGUGUCGAAUGCCAAAAUGCGGAUAGCUGCUCUAAGCAAGUUCACAACAUUCAAAAUUAUCAUCUACGUAGCUUGCAUUUCGAUGAUAUCGCCUACAAUUUUCUCAUCGGCAAUGAUGGCAGCAUUUACGAAGGACGUGGUUGGGAAUUUGUCAGCGCGGCUGUUAAAAAUUAUAAUGUUGGCAGCUUGAGUGUAGCUUUUAUUGGCACAUUCGAGAGUAGUACACCCAGCACAGAAGCCUUAGAGGCCGCCCAGGCACUAGUCGAUACGGGUGUGCGUACGGGAAAAUUAACUGAGGAUUAUAAACUUUUUGGACAUCGCCAAUUGUCAACAACUUCAAGUCCAGGCGCGACCUUAUAUGAGAUUAUCAAGCGAUGGCCACAUUGGAGUCGUACUGUUAGUUGAAAAAAAAUAAUAGUUUUUUGUACCGCAUAUCGGAAUCAACAUUGCGAAUGGUUUUAAGUGAAAUUUUUAAUAUUUUAAUAAUAAUAAAAGGCUUAUUUGCUUUGAAAAGUAGUUCGCUUCUCAUAAAAAAAACGAAAAUUCACUUAGUGCUGUUCGUGAUGAUGCAUGUGUGCAUUAGGGAGAUCCCAAAAUCAUCAUAUUUUCCCUCAUAUAUAUAGCAUUUUCAGUUUAAAUUAAACUUUUUCAAAUUAAAUAGAACGAUUUUCAAAUUAAAUUAAACCUUUUUAAAUUUAAAUGAAACUUCUUUUUUUCGUUUACUGUGAAUUUGCUUUUCUUUAUGGUCAAGGCAUAUUUAAUUAUGUAUUUAUUCAGGAGCUAUUAAAUAAAAUUGAAUGUAGAUGAGAGCCAUGGGCGCAACCAGAAUGAGAUUAAAGAGUGUGGGAGGGAUGGGAGGCUCGAAACUA